AAUAGAAGUGAAGUUUGUGAGUGAAAUAAAAACAGUGAGUGAAAAUGCCGUCUGCAAUUGGAAUCGACUUGGGCACGACGUACUCGUGCGUCGGAGUGUUUCAGCAUGGAAAGGUGGAAAUCAUUGCCAACGACCAGGGUAACAGGACGACCCCAAGCUAUGUUGCAUUUUCGGACACGGAACGGCUUAUCGGCGAUGCGGCCAAGAACCAGGUGGCCAUGAACCCCACCAACACAGUGUUCGAUGCCAAACGGCUGAUCGGACGCCGGUAUGACGACCCAAAGAUUCAGGCCGAUCUGAAACACUGGCCGUUCACGGUGACGAACGACUGCGGCAAGCCAAAGAUUCAGGUGGAAUUCAAAGGAGAGCGCAAGACGUUUGCACCGGAGGAGAUCAGCUCGAUGGUGCUGACGAAGAUGAAGGAAACGGCCGAAGCAUAUCUGGGCCACUCAGUGAAGAACGCCGUCAUCACAGUUCCAGCCUACUUCAACGACAGCCAGCGACAGGCGACGAAGGAUGCCGGUGCCAUCGCGGGUCUGAAUGUGAUGCGCAUCAUCAACGAACCGACGGCGGCCGCGUUGGCUUACGGGCUGGACAAGAACCUGAAGGGAGAGCGCAACGUAUUGAUAUUCGAUCUGGGCGGAGGAACGUUCGAUGUGUCCAUUCUGACGAUCGAUGAGGGUUCGCUGUUCGAGGUGCGAGCCACUGCCGGCGAUACACAUCUGGGAGGUGAAGACUUCGACAAUCGGAUGGUGGCACACUUCGUGGAGGAAUUCAAGCGCAAGUUUAAGAAGGACCUUUCAAAGAAUGCCCGAGCGCUACGACGCUUGAGGACGGCCUGUGAGAGAGCGAAGCGAACGCUUUCCUCCAGCACGGAGGCAACGAUCGAGAUCGACGCCCUAAUGGAUGGAAUCGACUACUACACGAAAAUCAGCCGUGCACGGUUCGAGGAGCUGUGUUCGGAUCUGUUCCGUUCCACGCUGCACCCAGUGGAGAAAGCUCUGGCGGACGCAAAGAUGGACAAGAGCUCGAUUCACGACAUCGUGCUGGUGGGCGGCUCUACCCGCAUUCCGAAGGUACAGUCGCUGUUGCAGAACUUCUUCUGCGGCAAAUCCUUGAAUCUAUCGAUCAACCCGGACGAAGCGGUAGCUUACGGUGCGGCAGUACAGGCGGCCAUUCUUAGCGGUGACAAGGACGAAAAGAUCCAGGACGUACUGUUGGUCGAUGUGGCCCCACUAUCGCUGGGAAUCGAAACGGCCGGCGGAGUGAUGACGAAGCUCAUCGAGCGGAACUCGCGCAUCCCGUGCAAACAGACACAGACCUUCUCGACCUACGCCGACAACCAGCCGGGCGUGUCGAUCCAGGUGUUUGAGGGUGAGCGAGCAAUGACCAAGGACAACAAUCUGCUGGGCCAGUUCGACCUGUCGGGCAUUCCACCGGCACCGCGCGGUGUACCAAAGAUCGAGGUCACGUUCGAUCUCGACGCCAACGGUAUUCUGAACGUGUCGGCGAAGGAAAUGAGCACUGGCAAGGAGAAAAACAUCACGAUCAAGAACGACAAGGGCCGCUUGUCGCAGGCGGACAUCGAUCGUAUGCUGGCCGAGGCGGAGCGGUUCCGCGAGGAGGAUGAAAAGCAGCGUGAGCGUGUCGCCGCUCGCAAUCAGCUCGAGGCGUACUGUUUCAGCCUGAAGCAAUCGCUCGAAUCAGCCGGAUCGAAGCUGAGCGAAAGCGAUCGCAAAACGGUGGAAGACCGAUGCAACGAGACUCUGCGCUGGAUCGAUGGCAACAGUAUGGCAGAGAAGGAAGAGUACGAUCACAAGAUGCAGGAGCUUACGCGAGCCUGCAGUCCGAUCAUGACGAAGUUGCAUCAGCAAUCGGAAGCAGGCCCGGCUCCGACUAGCUGUGGACAGCAAGCGGGUGGUUUCGGUGGACGCUCGGGACCGACAGUAGAGGAGGUGGACUAAGCAG